ACGACACUCCGACUAGUUCAUAACUCAAAGAGAAUCAAACUUCGAGAAAUGACAGAAACAAACCCUAAUCACACGUUUUUUGAUGGAUCCCAGGAGUGGUUUCUGCUCCACAACCCAAAUCUACCACAGCCUCAGGCCCAAUGUUCUACUCCCUCCACAAUCCGCUUCCCUCUCCGCCACCGACUACGUUCUCUCUCUCCUCCACCAAACCUGUCGGUCGCCGGAAACCACCGUCGGACUCAUUGACGCCGUUACUCGCAGUCGCAUUACCUUUUCCGAAAUCGAACUCCGUGUCAAAACCCUAGCGGACUCGCUCCGAACCCGUAUCGGACUCUCCAAAGGCGACUCGGCCUUCAUUCUGUCUCCAAACUCAGUCCACAUUCCGAUUCUUUACCUAUCUCUCUUCUCGAUCGGUGUCAUUGUCUCUCCUUCUAAUCCAACCAGUUCGGAAUCGGAGGUCUCUUACCAAAUCAAGCUCAGCAAACCGGUCAUCGCCUUCGCCACCUCAGCCGCCGCUCGCAAGCUUCCCCAACUCCGGCACGGGACAAUUCUCCUCGACUCGGCCGAGUUCGACUCUCUACUCACGAGUCAAUCAGGUGAGUUUCGUGACCGAGUCGAGGUUUUGCAAUCCGAUCCCGCGGCGAUUCUCUACUCGUCCGGGACGACGGGGAGAGUGAAAGGCGUGGUGUUGACUCACCGGAACACUGUGGCAAUUGUGGCGGCGGCUAAUGCUGUUCGUCCGGUGAGGCGAUCGCCGCCGGUGACGCUGUGUACGGUGCCGUAUUUCCACGUGUACGGUUUUUUUUACUGUGUGAGGGCGGUGGCGAUGGGGGAGAGUUUGGUGUGGAUGGAGAGGUUUGAUCUGCGGUUGAUGAUGAGGACGAUUCAGGAGUUCAGAGUGACGCACGUGGCGUUGGCUCCGCCGGUGGCGGUGGCGAUGGUGAAGGAUGCGAAUGUGACGAAGGGCUACGAUCUGAGCUCCCUUGAAGUGGUGGGCUGUGGUGGAGCUCCGCUGCCCAAAGCGGUGAUAGAGAAGUUCAGGAAAUGGUCUCCCAAUGUACAAGUGGCGCAGGCAUAUGGACUUACUGAAUCAACUGGUGGAGUCGCCCGAACAGUAGGACCGAAAGAAAGCCAAGUUUUAGGUGCAACUGGACGGCUUAUGUCGAACUUCCAAGCGAAGAUUGUUGACCCCACCACUCGCAUUGCUUUGCAUCCUCUCAAGACAGGGGAGCUUUGGGUUAGAGGACCAUGUAUAAUGAAGGGCUAUCUUGAAGAUGAAGCAGCAACAGCUGCAGCUUUGGAUUCGGAGGGAUGGUUAAGAACCGGAGACCUUUGUUAUUUCGACCAUGAAGGCUACCUAUUCUAUGUGGACAGGAUAAAGGAACUAAUUAAAUACAAAGGGUACCAGGUUGCCCCAGCAGAGCUGGAGCAUGUACUUCAUUCCCAUUCAGAUGUUGUUGACGCAGCUGUGAUACCGUAUCCUGAUGAGGAAGCAGGUCAAGUACCCAUGGCCUUUGUGGUGAGACGAUCCGGGAGCACCAUUAACGAAUCACAAAUUACGGAUUUUGUUGCUAAACAGGUUGCUCCAUUCAAGAAAAUAAGACGAGUAUCAUUUGUUAAUUCAUUGCCUAAAAAUGCUACUGGUAAGGUGCUGAGAAAGGAGUUAAUCAAGCUUGCAUUGUCCAGUGCUUCUUCUAAGUUAUAGUUUCUAUUGCAGUUUGUUGUAUUAAUAUUGUGACACAAUAAUAAUUUGCUGUCACAGAGGUAGGGAAAAUGUAAUUCACUUUUGUUUGUGCCAUUUGCAUACAAAGUCUGGCCCAAAGUAUAUUUAUUCAACUGCAUGUCUAUAUUAUCCGAUAAAAUAUAAUGACGACAAUGGACUUUGACCAUAUAAA